CCUUUCACGUCCACCAUGUCUUCACCUAAGAAAUCUUCAAAGCCCAGCAUGCCCCCGGCACGCACCGGCUCCUCCACACCCACUGCGGAUCCCACGCCUCCUGCCUCCCUGAAGACCACCAAAUCAGCAACGCCCAACAGAUCCUCAGUGCCCACCAAGCCAGCGACAUCGGUCAUGAGCCCAAGUAGUUCCAAGUCCACCAAAUCAACCAGUACAAAGAGAGUCCCUUCUAACCGGUCCAGCAGCAGGUCCCAAGUCCACAGCAAGGCAAGAACACCUAGCAGGGUGAGCACGGACACCAGGACCAGCAAAGCCAGCAAGGCCAGUGGCGUGAGAUGCCAUCAGCGGAGGGGCACACAUAGCCGGGGUAGGACACCCGGCAGAAGGGGAAGCCGCAGCUCCAAGAGGUCACCCAGCAGGGCCAGCACUCCUGCCAGAACUCAUGGUGCCAGACCAGGCAUGGCCAGCAGGGUGGGAACUCCCACUUCCCAGCAAAAACAGCCGCGGGGGAAGAGUUACGGCCGGCCUAGAACCAGCAACAGGGAAAGGAGUGACAGCCAGCCUAGAAAUAUGAGCAAGGAGAAGAGUUACAGCCCACCAGGAAGCUCAGAUAGGGGGAGGAGUUCCAAGCUGGCUGUAACUCCCAGUAGAGCCAAGAGUCACAGCCCAAGUGGAAUUCCCUCCAAGAAGAAGAGUGAGAGCCCAUGUCCGUCGUCAUCAAGGAAGCCGAAGAGCUACAGUCAGAUGAUCACCCACAGCAGGGAAAAGAGUUACAGCCCGACUACAGUGUUCAGCAGCAUCAAGAAUGAUAACCAGGCCAGCACCCGCUGCAGGCCCCGAAGUCACAGCCAAUCUAGAAGCCCCAGAAGGUCAAGAAGUCGCAGUCAGAAGAGGACCUACAGCAGGGUGAGAAGUCACAGCUGGAAGAGAAAUCACAGCAGGGCAAGAAGUCGCACCCGGAAGGGAAUUCUGAGACAGAAGGGAGGACACAGCCAGUCUAGAACCCACAGCAAGGGGAAAAGUCAAAACCAGUCUAGAACUCCCAGAAGAGGAAGAAGUCACAACUGGUCUAGAACCCCCAGCAAGGAAAGAAGUCAUAGCCCGUCGAGAAGCUCCAGCAAAGAGAGAGACCACAGAGGAUCUAGCAGCCCCGGUAAGGACAGAGAUCGCAGUCAAUCUGGAAGUACCAACAAGCAGAGAGAUUGUAGCCGAUCUAGAAGUCCCAGCGAGAAGAAGGAUCACAGUCAAUCUGGAAGCCCCAACAAGGAGAGAUACCGCAGCCAAUCUAGAAGUCGCAGCAAGGAGAAAGAUCUCAGCUGUUCUAGAAGCCCCAGCAAGGAAAGAGAGCACAGACAAUUUAGAAGCCCCAGCAAGGAGAGAGAGCGCGGACAAUCUAGGAGCCCCAGCAAGGAGAGGGAGCAUGGCCGAUCUGGAAGCCCCAGCAAGGAGAGAGAACACAGACAAUCUAGAAGCCCCAGCAAGGAGAGAGAACACAGACAAUCUGGAAGCCCCAGCAAGGAGAGAGAACACAGACAAUCUAGAAGCCCCAGCAAGGAGAGAGAACACAGACAAUCUAGAAGCUCCAGCAAGGAGAGAGAGCACAGACAAUCUAGAAGCUCCAGCAAAGAGAGAGAGCACAGACAAUCUAGAAGCCCCAGCAAGGAGAGGGAGCACAGACAAUCUAGAAGCCCCAGCAAAGAGAGAGAACACAGACAAUCUAGAAGCCCCAGCAAGGAGAGGGAGCGUGGUCGAUCUGGAAGCCCCAGCAAGGAGAGAGAACAUAGACAAUCUAGAAGCCCCAGCAAGGAGAGAGAACACAGCCGAUCUAGAAGCCCCAAUAAGAAGAGUAGUUACAGACAAGCCUACAGCAAGGAGAAAGCUCACAGCCAAUCUAGAACCCCUAGCAAAGAAGAAAAUCACAGCCAAUCUAGAACCUCCAGCAAGGAGAGAGAUCCCAGUCAAUCUACAGUCCCGGGAAGUCCGGACUGGAAGAGAUCCCCUAGCAGGACAAGGAGUCCCAGUCAGACCCCUAGCAAGACAAGCUGCCACUCCCCAUCAACACUUUCCAGUGGAGGCCAAAUCCUAAGCCGGGAUGACAGUCAAGCCAAGGCCACCACCUCUAAGGUCACCUUACCUGGGGAAAGGUCUUCAUCAUCUUCUUCCAAGCUGGCAUAG